CUGAAGCCGUGAAGAAGCAGCUGUUGUUGUUUUUUUAAUUGUGCAAAACCCAGAUAAAAAUAUCGUUCCCGCAGGGCUUAUAUUGCAAUGCAAACCGGGUUGUUAUAAAUAAAAGAUAUGGAAGACAACAGCACAGAGCCGGAGCCCGUGCUGCUCUCGAAGCAUGCCAAGAAUCUAUUGCGCUUUCUCAAUAUGCUGCCGGCGCGCAUGGCAUCGCAUGAUAACACCAGGAGCACCAUAGUGUUCUUUGCCGUCUGUGGUCUAGAUGUACUUAAUUCGUUGAACUUGGUGCCACCGAAAAUGCGACAGGACAUCAUCGAUUGGAUCUACGGCGGUCUGGUGGUGCCACGCGACAACGAGAAGCGAUGCGGCGGUUUUAUGGGCUGUCGUGCUAUGGUGCCGCUUACCGAGAAUUCAGAGGUCUUGGAAUGUAUGCGGAAGUAUCAAUGGGGACACCUGGCCAUGACGUACACCAGCAUUGCAGUUCUGGUCACGCUGGGCGAUGACCUGUCGCGCCUGGAUCGCAAGAGUAUUGUAGAUGGUGUGGCGGCGGUGCAGCGGCCAGAGGGAAGCUUCAGUGCCUGCAUCGAUGGCAGCGAGGAUGAUAUGCGGUUUGUUUACUGCGCCGCCACCAUCUGCCACAUGCUCGACUAUUGGGGCGAUGUUAACAAGGAGGCUAUGUUCCAGUUCAUCGAAAAGAGCCUACGCUAUGAUUACGGUUUCAGCCAGGAGCUGGAGGGUGAAGCGCACGGUGGUACUACCUUCUGUGCGUUGGCUGCUCUGCAGCUGAGCGGGCAGCUGGAUCGCCUGCAUGCUGCCACACUAGAGCGCAUAAAGCGUUGGCUCAUCUUUCGCCAAGUGGAUGGAUUCCAGGGACGACCCAAUAAACCGGUGGACACAUGCUAUUCCUUUUGGAUUGGUGCCUCCCUCUGCAUACUGAAUGGCUUCGAACUGACCGACUAUGCCAAGAACCGAGAGUACAUACUGAGCACGCAGGACACAUUGGUAGGGGGCUUCGCCAAGUGGCCCCAGGCAACGCCAGAUCCAUUUCACACGUACCUCGGUCUCUGUGGCUUGGCAUUUACAGGUGAGCCUGGACUCAGUGCUGUGAUGCCCAGCCUGAACAUGUCUAUGGCCGCCUAUGUUCAUCUACAGCAUCUUCACGAAGUGUGGCGUUCCAAAUCCAAUGAGGGCGAGGAAGACCACGAUCUUACUUUAUCCAGCGCCGUCCAGCAGCAAUUGAAGCUGGUUGAAGACGGUGAAGCGAAAGCAACGACUGCGACUACCUCAACCUCGCCAUUGAUAUCAGCACAAUGAAUGAAUGGGAAACCGGAAGGAAUUCGCACAAAUUCACACACUAUUGUAUUUAUAUUGACCUAUUUUAGCCACGCUUUUAUAUUACAUAUUUUAUUGCAGAGUUCGUGGCGGCUGAAAUCACGAACUACUGGCUUUAUAUAGGAGUAAAUAAGUUUAUUGUACAGCAUAAACUAAUGUUAACAUUUGGUAUGAUUAAGCCUAAAAGUAAAUUAAAGCGUCCGAUGCAGUGGCAUGUAUUUACAGA